AUAUUAUGUGCUAAAGGUGUCGCAUCUUCUCCCAACCUACUAUAUAAUGUGUUCAGUUAUACUUUGCAACUGGCAUUUUUUGUUAAAGUAAAGGCUACAUUCAAAAUGCUCUUGAUCUAUUUCGACUAAAUUCAGCCUGGCUAUUUGCAACUAACGACUAUGCAAGUUUUAGGCGUUCGCGUUCGAAUACGAGAUUGUGUUCGUGUGCAAAAGCAGGGUCCGCUGUUCGUGUGCAAAACAGGUAUCACAACAUUAAUGAAUUUUUUGAUCAUUUUGUGCUUUUUGAAUCUUAGAAACCUGUGUUCGUGUGCAAAAUAUGGCGCUGUGUCCGUGUGCAAAAAAACAGGUAUUACAACAUUAAUGAUAUUUCGUGACCAGCUUGAUCUUAAUAAACCUAAGCCUCAGGGCUCGCGGCUUGGAAAAUAAACCUCAAAAAAUUCCAUUGCCGCGUAUCGUGCAGAUUAAACACCAGCUUGGCCAGGUCAACGGUUGGAACGUAGCUGCAGGUCUGUCGGAGCAAGAUACCAAGCGCACGAGCACUUACCGUGCUCUCACGCGAUAUGUUUUUGUUUUUUUCGAUUUUUUUUUUUGAAUUUGCAACGUCAUAGUCGACCUGACUCGAGGGUAUUGUAAAAAUAAAGAGUUAGUUCUAGUAGUUGCAAAUCCUGAUACGCAGGAACCACCUUUUACGAAAAGUUUAGAGACCAGACGAGACCUAUUCUCCAAGAAAGAUACUCAGUUAACAGCGACGUAUUUCCGAAACUCUAGCCUAGAACUGCUAUCUCUUACAGCAGUAGAAUAAUAGACUGCAUUAAAAAACAGCGUUUUCCUUUAAAAUAAUUUUAGUUUUAAUUUAUGGUUAAUUCAGGACUAAGUAAGGGUAUUAGAAUGAAACGCAUUUUACUCUGCGCUAGUGUUUUCUUAUCGCUAUGCCAGUCUUCAUUGGGUUUGGGGUUCGCUACCCCGUCGACUGACUUGCCGCCUUUGUCAGUCGCGGAAGCCGAAUCGUACCAGCAUAACCACUCUGGUAUAUUCAUACCUCCCCAUAUUGUCCACGUUACCACCGGGGUGUAUUCAGCUGUAGGAUAUGCUCUCGGGAAUAUGAUACUAGUUGAAGCCAACAAUGCGGUUAUCAUUAUCGACACCACGGAGACUGCAGAAGAUGGUUGGAUCGCUUACCAGGCACUUCGGAAUGCGUCUCAAAAUUACCAUCCACUCGUUGCAAUCAUCAUAACGCAUUUUCAUACGGAUCACUACGGUGGUACAUUCCGUUUGCUCGAAGACGCCGAAGAAAGAGGCUGGAGCGUUAACUUGUACACACAUUCAACGACAGUUGCCGAACAGAAACGUUUAGAUCAGGUAGCAGUUCUUGGCGUUGCGAGAGCGGCGCGCCAGUUUGGACAAGUUCUUUUGCCAGAAAUUGAGCGAAUAAAUGUUGGAAUUGGUUAUUCGUACAAACAAGCAAACAGCAUUUUAAAUCAAACGUUGAACCCUACACAUGUAUAUGAUGACAGGCAGUUCUUUAAAGAAGCAGGUCUUGACUUCGAGUUGAUUCACAUUCCCGGCGAAACGAACGACCAAACCGCAAUAUGGUUUCCCACUUACGGCGCCGUAUGCCCGGGAGACGAUUUUUACCACACUUUCCCUAACAUAUACACGAUUCGUGGAGCUCCAAACCGCGACGCUAAGCACUGGUUUCAGAGUCUGGAUCGUAUAUUAGCCUUGAAUGCAUCCUAUAUUGUACCUUCACAUUCUGAGCCGGUUUCUGGCAAUGCAAAUGUUAAUAGGAUAUUAACAACGUAUAGGGAUGCGGUCAAGUUUUCCUAUGACCAAACCGUGAGGUACACGAAUCUUGACUACGAUAUUGAUGAUGUUGUAGCGAAAGUAAAACUUCCAGAACCCCUACGAAUGGAGCCGCAUUUACUAGAGUUUUACGGUUCAAUAGAUUGGUCGAUUCGCAGCAUAUUUGGAGGGCACAUUGGUUGGUUUGACGGUGAUCCAGCAACUUUGAACCGGCUCAGCAAAAAACAGUUUGCAGAUAAAAUGACAACUCUGAUACCAGUUGCUACUUUGGUGCAAAAAGCGCAAGAAAAUUUCGAUUUAUCUAAUACGAGUUAUGCAGCAACCGGUAUACAUCUGAAAGAGCAACUACAAUGGGCAUUAGAGCUUGCAACGAUGGUAUUGCGCACAGGUUACGCCCAGAACUCGUACUUGGAAACUGCCAAACAGAUUAAGAUGGACACUCUGCAUGCCCUGGCUCGGGCACAGUUAAGUUCUAUUGGCAGAAACUACUAUCUAUCUGUACGAAGAGAAAUGCAGUUGGGAGUCACCACUGUUUACCCACCGUCCGCAGUGAAACAAAGUCUUCAGGCCAUGAUCCCGUCUUAUUUUAUGGCUGAAUACCCGCUAAGGUUCAACGCUGAGAAAUGCAUAAUGGGGGACAACGAUAUGACUGUCCUGUUUAACUUCACCGAUGACGGGUUAUAUAAAUACACAAUCCGUAACUGCGUGGUCGACCUUAUGACAGAAAUUGGGAUAAGCGACCAAUUUGACUUCGUUGCGAAUAUGGAUUCUGCUGUUUGGAAAAACAUAGUCACCGGCGAGAUAACGCUCAUUCAAGCUUACGGACAAGGUCAAAUUGAAUUUGGCUCUUCAAGUGCGUGGUGGCAGUCGUAUGAAAACUUGAACAAGUUCUUAGGCCUAAUGGACACAAGCGGGUUUCUUACACCCGCAUCAGCAGCAGCAAGGCGUAUCUAAAACUGUACAUUCUAAACUAAAUAGUUAUGACUAACUAGUUAUCACAUAACUAACUCUUUGCUGAUGUUAACUAAUUCAAUUAAUUGUAAAAUCGUUGGUGUAAUUUUACCGUGAAUUACUGAGUUAAUAACAAUACACCAAGAGCUACUAUAUGCAGCAUACGAA